GCGCGCGCAUGCUGUUAUAUAAGGUUAUGUCUCUAUUCUCAAGUACACGACGAUACGCUGACUAUGAUAAAUAACAAUAUAAAAAAAAAAAUCUGCUUUGGUGUAUUGUAUGAUAUUCGCCGUAAUGCACGUAUUACGUAGAAUACAUUAUAGCCACUAUCGUAUGGACAGUGUCGUAGACGUCAUCUGAGUAGCCGUAUCAUAAACUAUUAUUAUUAUUAUUAUUAUUAUUAUUAUUAUUUGUGUUAUUUCUGUUCGAUCUUCGUGCGGCGAACUAAAUGCCGGGUAUUACAUCGCUGUUAAUAAAUGAAUUCGUCAAUAUCGUUUGAGUGGAAUAAUAAAUUCCUAAUCGGCUUUAAUAAGCCUACUAUGGAUGAUUCACAUCCCAUUCCAAAUGAAUUAACCGGACUAUCAAAGAAAUCUGAGAAAGAAUUAAAAGUCCAAAUUCCUGAAUCGAAUUCGUCAGGAUUUAGUUUUCAAAAACUAUGGGCAUUUACUGGACCUGGUUUUUUAAUGAGUAUUGCCUACCUUGAUCCAGGUAAUAUAGAAUCUGAUUUACAAUCUGGAACAACUGCUAGAUACAAAUUACUAUGGGUAUUGAUGAGUGCUACUAUUCUUGGCUUGGUAAUGCAAAGAUUGUCUGCUCGUUUAGGUGUAGUUACUGGUUUACAUUUAGCUGACAUGUGUUAUCGCCAGUAUAGAAGAGUUCCUCGACUAUUUGUUUGGCUAAUGAUGGAAGUUGCCAUCAUUGGAUCUGAUAUGCAAGAGGUUAUUGGUACUUCCAUUGCAAUUUAUUUGCUCAGCAAUAAAAUGAUACCACUUUGGGUAGGAGUGCUGAUCACUGUCAUUGAUACUUUAUCUUUUUUGAUGCUGGACAAGUAUGGACUUCGAAAAUUAGAACUGGUAUUUGGUUUUUUCAUUGUUGUAAUGUCAAUAUCAUUUGGAUAUGAGUUUGCAGUUGUAAAACCUGAAAUAAAAGAAAUGUUUCAAGGUCUGGUAACUCCUUGGUGUUCAGAUUGUAAACAUUCUGCUCUUCUUCAGGCAAUUGGUAUUGUUGGAGCUAUCAUUAUGCCACAUAAUUUAUAUCUCCAUUCUGGUCUUGUUAAGUCUAGGGAAGUUGAUAGAACAAAGAAAGAUAAAUUACGAGAAGCCAAUUUCUAUUUUUUCAUCGAAUCCUGUGUUGCUUUAUUUGUGUCAUUUGUAAUCAACGUCUGUGUUGUAUCAGUUUUUGCUCACGGGUUAUAUGAUAAGACAAAUAAAGAUGUGUUGGAAAUCUGCACUAAUAGUAAUAAUUCAUAUAAAGAUAUUUUCACAAAUAAUACUGAGCUUGUAGAAGUGGAUAUUUUCAAAGGCGGAGUAUUUCUUGGCUGUCAGUUUGGUAUAGGUGCUAUGUACAUUUGGGCUAUUGGUAUUUUAGCUGCUGGCCAGAGUAGUACAAUGACAGGCUGUUAUGCUGGACAAUUUGUAAUGGAAGGUUUUCUAAAUCUUCAAUGGAGCCGUUGGAAAAGAGUUGGAUUCACUCGACUAGUUGCUAUAGCACCUACAUUUUAUGUGGCAUUUUUUAGUGACAUAAAUGAACUGAGUGGCAUGAAUGACCUAUUAAAUGCUGUAAUGAGCUUACAGUUACCAUUUGCCACACUUCCAGUAAUUGCAUUUACUAGUAAUCCUCGCAUUAUGGGCGAAUUUACCAAUGGAUUUGGAAAUAUUAUAACAACAAUUGUAUUGUCUGUUGUAAUAAUAAGUAUAAAUGUAUUUUUUGUCAUUUAUCAGACCAUAAAUAAUUUAACUAGCAACUGGUACUUAAUUGGAGUGAUAGCAUAUAGUACAAUUUAUUUAUUGAUGUGUGCUUAUCUUACAUUACAUCUUGUUAUUAGUAUGCUUAGUGAUAGCAGUAGGUUACGUAGCAAUCCAUUUGUUAUUAAAUUUAUUGGUCCUCAAAUUGGGCAAAACUUUUCUCAACACAUGCAAACAAAUUCUACUCUUCCAAGAAAUGCCGAGGAACUUUAAUGAUGGACCAAAUUAUAUAGAUAGUAGUUUUGUUUGCAUUUUU